AUGGCUCAUCCGUCACCAAAACCUGUAAGUAUGACAUUAGAGACGGCAAUCUCGGUUACUAAAUCGAUAUUGGUGUCGGUUGGGAUUAUAUCCACUCUAAUUUUGUUCAAAGUGGCUGUAAUCCCAAAAGUAGCCACUCUUGUGAUCUCAACUCUUCCUCGUUUAUGGGUUUCCUUUAGAUUAUGGCUAUCUCCUCCCUACAUCUUCAUCGUUUUCAACUUCAUUAUAUUUGCCGUCGCCGCCUCCUCCAUCUUCCGUCGCCAAAAGGACGCAUCCGAAAAUAAAUACAUCUCUCAUGAAAACACUCAUGUUGCUGCAUCCACUCCCUAUAAAUGGACGCAUGAUGACCGGAACUUUUCGAUCACUGGCUCCAUAGAAAUCUGGGAUAGGAUCCCGAGCGAGGAUGAACAGGGGAAACAAGUAGAGGAACAAAAAGAAGAAGAGAAACCGGUGAAAUGGGAUUUCCCGACUCUACUCACUGAAAAAUUCAGUGACCCAUCAUCGGGAAAGUUAUGCGCAUAUCCCGGCGAGAAGGUGGAGGAGGAAGAAGAUGCCGGUGGCGGUGGCAGUGACUCGAUGGACGCCACGUGGAAUGCAAUCAUGGAAAGGGAAGGGAAACAGACGCCGCAGCUGAAGAAGAGCCAGACAUGGGACUCCCCUCCACCGGCACGCUUAAUUAGAGCAGCCGUUGACUCCGCGGCAGACGAGGAAGACCCGGUGGCGUGGGCUCGGAACGAGGUUAGGAAGUCGGAGAGGUUCCACCAAACGCUGUCGUUCCGAAGAAAGGUAUCGUUGACUUCGGAAGAGCUGAAGAGCCGGGCAGAGGCCUUCAUAGAAAUGGUAAACCAGAGCAUUCGCUUACAGAGGCAAGAAUCGGAGCAGCGUUUCUUGCAGGCAAUGCAACGUAGUGCUUUUAGUGGUACAGAAACUUAG